AUCACUCACUAAAUCUGUCACGACACCUUAUAAGAGGCAGAGCAGAUAUACAGCGACCUCAGAAGAAACUGCCCUCUAAACUGAGAAGCAUCUUGCAUCAACUGAAAAUGAGAGUGCUCUGUAUCGUUUUUGUCUUGGUGCUGUGUCUGUGCAGACGAGCUCUAGGAGGUGUGCAGGUUAAAGUUGGAGACAGGAGCUUCCCCUUGGAGGCAGUGAAGCAGCUGAUGGAGCUGAUGGAUUUAGACGACAACGUGAGCCCUCACCUCGCUGAGACGAGCAUUGUAGCUGUUUGCACCAACCCUGUCCUACCGCAAGUCUUUCAGCCAGUGUGCCAAGGGAAGGGAGCAGCCAUUGUUUUCUCCAAACUAGUGUCUAUCAUCACAUCUGCAGAUCCUUGUGAAAUAUGUGCCAACCCCUCCUGCUUUGGGUGUUUGGGCUGAGGCUGCCAUCUACGAGACACACAAACACAUUGACUGAGAGCGUCUGGGGCUGUCUUCCUGCAUAGUUCUUUCACAUUUAUAUGUACAUUCUAUAAGGUAUACGUGGAUAAAUGGUCCUGCCACCUAGCAACCAAUGGGUCUCAAGGCUCAGUCAUUAAUUUUGUUAUAUACAAAGUAUAUCAAAGUUUUGAUAGAUGCUGUUAAUACAUACAUAGUUUCCUGUCAGUAAAGUGUCAAAGCAGGCGUUAUGUAGUGUUUGAAUAUUACUUUGUUGUCUUUAACUUGCUUUCAUAUUGAACUGUUAAUUUAUUAAGUCUGAUGCAGCUUCUUGAUAA